AUGAGUCCAGCAGCGCCAGGAGGGCCCGACCAUGGUUCUUCGGCGGCUAGCUUGCCCCACGACAACACCGGUCCCAACAUUCUGGUAGCAACAUGGACGACUUGGACGAUUGCCUCCAUCUUCGUGAUGAUGAGGUUCUGGACGCGGGUGAAGAUCGUUCAUAAGCUGGGGGCAGCCGAUUGGUGUAUCUUAUUGUCACUCUUAGCGGCUGCAGGAAUGUGCGGCAGCUAUGUUCAGCAGGUUCGAUAUGACCUUGGCCGACACACCUAUGACAUAGACGACAUAGACUUCUGGGCUCAUUGGCCUCACCGGAUGGAGGGAUGGUGGUUCUCACUGCUCUUCUAUGUCCUCUCUAUGGGCUUGACCAAGGUUUCCAUCUGCCUGCUCUAUCUCAACAUCUUUACCCUUACAUGGGCCCGCCGAGCUUGUUACGCCGUCCUCAUUUUUGUCGUGAUAACCAACCUAUGGGCCGUCUCCAUCACACUCACCUUCUGCAUCCCGCUACAAGCAACUUGGGAUUUAUCCAUCGUGCCUACGUUUUGCCAUAAUGACAAGACAUGGUGGGUAAAUACAUACAUCAUCAUUGUAACCGACGUGUUAAUUUUUCUCCUUCCCGUCCCAAUCGUUCUGCCCCUUAAACUUCCGCAGCGUCAAAAGCUCAUCGUGAUGUGCAUUUUCGCGGUCGGAUUUUUUGUCUGCCUCGUUUCUCUAAUCCGCCUCGUCAUCCUCAUCGACGCCAAGAGCCACGUCAACCCGGACUUCACCCACGCAAGCAGCUCCUUGACCUACUGGACUGCCAUCGAAGUACACACCGCCAUCGCCGUCUCCUGCGCCAUGACCCUAAAACCGCUCGCCGCUAAGAUUUUCCCAAACUUCUUCGCCCUGCGGAGCCUCGAUGCGAGCUCCGGGGAAGGAACUAGUUCUGGUGCCAACAAUCACCAUUCCCCGCCCACGAUCGGCUCGAGGCCGACACGGCCGUUGUAUUCGGGGCGACAAGAGGCGCACUUGACAACUGGGACUGAUGCUAUUAUCGAGAUGGGGCCUGUGGCCGGGGACAGGGACGUACCUGGGCGCCAGACGGGUUCAGGGGUUGCGUAUCACGGCACAGGGGGUGUUACGUCGGGGGGCAUCCAUCAUCGACAGCGGUCGAUAGGAGAAGGUGCUGGGAAGGAAGUAUUACCGGUUGGGAACAGAAGGGGGCCCGAUACGAAUGAGGAUGUUGGAGAAGGGUACAACAGCGGCCCUUACCCGUGGUUACGAAGCGACGGGGCUUCGGAAAGGACGGAGAGCUUGGCCAGACAGGUGACGGCCAGAUCGAUUUCGUGA